AUGGCGGCGCCCUAUCCCAGCAGCGCGGGCGGCGGCGAGGUCAAAUGCCGGGCAGGAGGUGAGGGCGGCGUCCCGUGGGACUUUCUGCCCGGGCUCAUGGUCAAGGCACCGCCCGGACCCUGCCUGCAGGCGCAGCGCAAAGAGAAGUCCCGGAACGCAGCGCGCUCCCGGCGCGGGAAGGAAAACCUGGAGUUUUUCGAGCUGGCCAAGCUGCUCCCGCUGCCCGGCGCCAUCUCGAGCCAGCUGGACAAGGCGUCCAUCGUGCGCCUCAGCGUCACCUACCUCCGCCUGCGCCGCUUCGCCGCGCUCGGAGCGCCGCCCUGGGGGCUGCGGGCCGCAGGGCCGCCCAUCGGCCUGGCCCCAGCCCACAGGGCCUCCGCUGCGCUGGUCUCCCAAGUCUUUGAGCAACACCUGGGAGGACACAUCUUACAGUCCCUGGACGGCUUCGUCUUCGUCUUGAAUCAGGAGGGAAAAUUCUUGUACAUUUCCGAAACUGUCUCCAUCUACCUGGGCCUCUCACAGGUGGAGCUGACGGGAAGCAGCGUCUUCGACUACAUCCAUCCCGGGGACCACUCCGAGGUGCUGGAACAGUUGGGGCUGCAGGCGCCCACGCCUGGGCCCCCCACCCCGCCCUCUAUCUCCUCUUCUUCCUCCUCCUCCUCCUCUUCCUCCUCACUUGCAGAGACCCCUGAGAUCGAGGCCAGCCCCGCCCAGGUGCCCCGGUCCUCCCGCGCCCAGGACCUCUCCUUCUUCAUCCGAAUGAAAUCCACCCUCACCAAGCGAGGGCUGCAUGUCAAGGCCUCGGGGUACAAGGUCAUCCACGUAACCGGGCGCCUUCGGGCCCGCGCUCUGGGCCUCGUGGCGCUUGGCCACACGCUGCCUCCCGCCCCGCUGGCUGAGCUGCCGCUGCACGGCCAUACGAUUGUCUUCCGCCUCAGCCUGGGUCUCACCAUCCUCGCUUGUGAGAGCAGAGUCAGCGACCACAUGGACCUGGGGCCCUCAGAGCUGGUGGGCCGCAGCUGCUACCAGUUCGUCCACGGCCAGGACGCGGCCAGAAUCCGCCAAAGCCACCUGGACCUGCUGGACAAGGGUCAGGUGACCACAGGUUACUACCGGUGGCUGCAGCGUGCCGGGGGCUUCGUGUGGCUGCAGUCGGUGGCCACGGUGGCCGUGAGCGGCAAGAACACGGCAGAGCGCCAUGUGCUCUGGGUCAGCCAUGUGCUUAGCCAAGCCGAGGGGGGCCAAACACCUCUGGACACCUUCCAGCUUCUGGCCAGGGCAGCCUCUGAGGAUGCAUCCAGCCCUGAGCCAGAGCCCAGAGAGCUAGACUCUCCAGUGGAUGGAAAAGAGACUGUACCCCAGGACAAAGACGAGCCCCCCCAGGCCCAAGGAAAACGCAUAAAAGUGGAACCUGGCCGAGGGGAGACUAAAGACCCCGAGGACAGUGAGGACGAGAUGCCGACCGGUCCCCCGGCCCUGCCACAGCCUGAGUUCACGUCUGUCAUCCGGGCGGGUGCCCUGAAGCCGGCGGUGGUGCAGCCAUGGAGCCUGGCACCUCCCGGGGAGCCCCUACCGUCUUUGUUCCACGCGAGCUUCCUGCCCCCCACCAUGCGGGGUCUGUGCACCCCAGGCACCAUCCGCUACGGCCCCACGGAGCUAAGCCUCAUGUACCCCCACCUGCAGAGGCUGGGCCCCGGCCCUGCUCGCCCCGAGGUCUUCUACCCUGCCCUGGGCCUGCCCUACCCCGGGUCCACAGGCACCAGGGGACAUCAGAAGGGGGACUGA